AUGGCGAUGGUUGGAACAAAGACGUUCGGCGAUAUGCCGAACAAAUUCCAGAUCGAAGAAGGAGGAGAGUAUUACUAUGUUGGUUCUGAAGUAGGAAAUUACCUGCGUAUGUUCAGGGGCUCACUGUAUAAGAAGUAUCCCUCUAUGUGGAGACGCCUACUCACUGUUGAAGAGCGGAAAAGAGUCGCAACUUUAGGUACUGGAGCGCCUGCUCUUGCCACGAAUAUCACCCUUCUGAAGGCUGUUGAGGUAGAUAACAUCUUAGAAGGCAAUGAUGACCAGUAUAAAGCUGUGUCCAUCAGCAGUGAUACCUCUUACACAAGAGACUCCAAAGCUAAGAGGAACACUUGGGUGACGACAGUACCAAGUAGUUCUCAUCACCUUGAUGCUGUGCCCUGUUCUACCUCCAUCAACAGGAACCGACUUGGCAAGUCAAAAGUCCGCACAUUUCCUCUCUGUUUUGACGAUACAGAUUCUCCACCGAAUCACGAGAAUGCCAAUCUGUCUGAGCAACUUGUACCAAUACGGCUAGAUAUGGAGUAUGAAGGACAGAAACUCCGAGAUUGCUUUACAUGGAACAAGAAUGAAUCCCUCAUCACACCUGAACAGUUUGCUGAGAUAAUGUGUGAUGAUUUGGAUCUCAACCCUAUAAACUUUGUACCGGCCGUGUCUCAGGCAAUUCGUCAGCAGAUUGAAGCCUUCCCUACAGAUAAUCUAUUAGAUCAACAAGCUGACCAGCGUGUCAUACUGAAGCUGAACAUACAUGUUGGAAAUAUAUCUCUAGUGGACCAAUUUGAGUGGGACAUGUCAGAGCCGGAAAACUCCCCUGAAGAGUUCUCUAUGAAACUCUGUGCUGAGCUUGGUUUGGGAGGCGAGUUUGUGACCUCUAUAGCGUACAGUAUCAGAGGACAGCUCAGCUGGCACCAAAGGACAUACGCCUUUAGCAGUGAAGCCCCACUGCCUACUGUAGAGGUUGCCAUCCGAAAUCAAAACGAGGCUGACCAGUGGUGUCCAUUCCUAGAGACCCUGACUGAUGCUGAAAUGGAAAAGAAAAUAAGGGACCAGGACAGAAACACAAGACGUAUGAGACGAUUAGCCAAUACAGCACCAUCGUGGUAGAAUCAGAAAUCUUAAAUUAUCCAUAUAGACUGACAAUGUAAACCCAUCAGAUGUGUUCAAAGUGGAAAAACUACAACAAUACUGCUACCAGGGAACCAAACAUUGAAGUUGUCAACUGAACUUUAGAAAGACUGGCCACCACAUGGAGAGUUGUAUACUAUACAAACAUCAGAUAUAUGGUAUCUGUACCGAGGCAAAAAGUAUCUUUACUUUUAGGCUCAGGUUUGGCCUAUCCUGCAGUUUGACAUUGGAUUAAAUGUUGCUAAUAUAAAAUGUCACUCGCAUGAUUUAGAUAAGAUUUAGAAAAUUUAUCAUAAUCAUCAAGUGCAAAGAAUGAAAAAAUUAAUUCAAGAAACUUUGCUGUGACCAAGACUAUAGUACUUUGAUGUAUUUUGAUCACUUUCAAAAUUUGCAUUUACCAGUUUUAUACAGAAAUUAUGUGGAAACGAACUGCAGACCAGUAUACUGUAAAUGUAUAUAUUUUGGUAAUUCUACUUUUGCACAUUUUAUGUUGAACAUAUUGCACCAAUCAUUGCUUGUUUUAAUUUCUAUUUGCGGAUUCUGUAAUGACUGUUGAUGUGAAUAUAAGGCCAUGAAGUGACAUACUGUAACUUGAUUGUGUCAAGUUAAGAAGGUUUGCUGUAUUAAUCUGAUUAUGGUUAUUGAAUUUAGAUAUUUUGUAAUUUUAAAUGAACACCGUUUUGAAACUGAUGAACCAUAGGACAUGAAUAAUGAGUGAUGUUCUGAUGAUUGUGGAUGUAGAUAGUAUAUAAGUAUCAAGAUCUGUUGAAGUCAGCUUCAGCUUAUAAAAAAGUAGAAUAUGGAACUUCUAUUUCUCUGCUUCAAAAGAUUUCACAUGAGUCAAUGUGUCUGUUUGUGUACAAGUGAGUGAGAAAGUUGUGUGCAGAAAGGUCAUGAAUUUUUGUCAAACUGAAAAUAAAUUAUACAUGUAAAAUCAA